GCUUAAACCUCCGUCCUCCUGCUGACGGUUCAGAAGAGCCAAUAAAUGAAGACUUGUUUAGUCACUGAAAGCAGCAACCUAGAGUUUUUCUUUUCUAUGGCUUUGUGCGUCCAUGCUAUCCUUCAGGGGAUCAAGUGAUACAGACUACCGUUCGAGUCAGUCAAACUCAGUGGAUGUCUUGGCGCUCCUGUUGGUUGGUGAGAACCGCCGAUAGGUUUGUAAGUGUCCGUGGCCUUAGAGACAGCCACGCAACGUUCAUUACGCUCUGCCACUUGCCCGUGCCCCUGCUGUCCUGCUCAGUGUGCCGCUCAUGUAGAGAGAGCGCACAGCGCAUCCCAGCCAGUCCUCCUCCUCUUCGGGCUCAUUCAUAUCAGGAUGGAUUUGCCCCGCUAAGAGCGCACAAGUCCACUUCAGCAGGUGGCAAGUUUGAGUGAGUACCAGAGCAGACCUGUACUCGGAUCUCAGACAUUCGUUUUUGUCUUCUCUUUAAUUUCGGAGUCGUAAAAUUAAGAAAAUGAUAGUAGCCCGACUAUAUCCACGGGCUGUCCUCCUGCUCUGCUUUAUCUCUUCCGCCACCUGCAACACGUUCGCGUUCACCGAGGAGCCCUUCGACAGAGCCGUGAAGGCGGACAGCUACUGCAGUCGGGUUUUACGGGCUCAGAGCAAUCGGAAGGAGACCAACAACGAGUUUCAACUCCAGGUUGAGGGGGAGCCGGAGCGGUACCAGCCGGGCAGCACAUACAGAGUGAGUCUGACUGCAACCAGCCCGUCUUACUUUAGAGGAUUUACCCUCAUUGCCCUGAAGGAAGGUGCAGAAGGAGACAAGGAUGAAGACUACGCUGGGAAUUUCCAGAUAAUUGACGAGGAAGAAACACAGUUCAUGACCAAUUGCCCCCCUGCAGUGACAGAGAGCACUCCUCGUAGGCGGAGCAAUAUCCAGGUGUUUUGGACUGCGCCCCCUAGUGGCACCGGCUGUGUUCUUCUAAAGGCAAGCAUUGUACAGAAGAGAAUCAUCUAUUUUCAGGAUGAAGGUGCAUUGACGAAGCGAAUGUGUGAGAAAGAAUCCUUGUAUGGAGAUAGCACGGAUAAGCCUUUACUUGAUUGUUGUGCUUGUGGAACAGCAAAGUACAGAGUCACCUUCCAUGGGAACUGGUCAGAGAAGAUUCACCCCAAAGACUUUCCUCGUCGCACCAAUCACUGGUCAGCCAUCAUCGGUGCCUCCCACUCAAAGAAUUAUGUGCUCUGGGAAUUUGGUGGCUUAGCCAGCGAAGGAGUUAAACAGGUAGCUGAGCUGGGCUCACCAGUCAAAAUGGAAGAAGAGAUCAGGCAAAAGGGUGAUGAAGUCCUGACAGUCAUCAAGAUGAAGGCUCAGUGGCCAGCCUGGCAGCCUCUUAAUGUGCGUGCUGCCCCCUCGGCUGAAUUCUCUGUGGACCGAAGCCGCCACCUUAUGUCUUUCCUAACCAUGAUGGGACCCAGUCCAGACUGGAACGUGGGACUGUCUGCUGAGGACCUGUGUACCAAAGAGUGUGGUUGGGCCCAGAGGGUGGUCCAGGAUCUGAUCCCAUGGGAUGCCGGCACUGAUAGCGGUGUGUCAUAUGAGGCUCCCAACAAUCCAACUGCACCCCCAGACAAAAUCCGCCCUCUUACCAGUCUGGAUCACCCUCAAAGCCCGUUUUAUGAUCCUGAGGGAGGUGCCAUCACUUCUGUGGCAAGGGUCAUAGUGGAGCGUAUCGCCAGAAAGGGUGAGCAGUGCAACAUUGUUCCGGACAAUGUUGAUGACAUUGUAGCAGACAUUGCCCAGGAGGAAAAAGAGGAAGAUGAUACUCCAGAAACCUGUAUCUACUCCAACUGGUCUCCAUGGUCAGCCUGCAGCUCAGCCACCUGUGAGAAGGGGAAGCGGAUGAGGCAGAGGAUGCUGAAGGCCCAGCUGGACCUGAGUGUCCCCUGCCCACAUACUCAAGAUUUUGAGCCGUGUAUGGGGCCUGGAUGCAGCGAUGAAGAUGCCUCCACCUGUAUGAUGUCUGAGUGGAUCACAUGGUCUCCAUGUAGUGUUUCCUGUGGGACAGGCACACGCUCCCGAGAACGUUAUGUCAAACAGUUCCCUGACGACGGCUCAGUGUGCACUUUGCCCACACAGGAGAAUGAGAACUGUGUGGUUAAUGAAGAAUGCUCUCCCAGCAGUUGCCUGGUUACUGAGUGGGGUGAAUGGGAUGUCUGCAGUGCAACUUGUGGUCUUGGCAUGAAGAGGAGAGAGCGCAUGGUGAAGAUGCCUCCUGCAGAUGGCUCCAUUUGUGGUGCAGAGGUUCUAGAGGUUGAGAAGUGCAUGAUGCCAGAAUGUCAUACAAUACCAUGCUUGUUGACUCCGUGGUCUGAGUGGAGUGACUGCAGCGUUACAUGCGGGAAGGGUUUGAGAACACGCCAACGUAUGCUUAAAUCUCCUGUGGAACUUGGAGAUUGUACAGAGGAGUUGGAACAGGUGGAGAAAUGCAUGUUACCAGAGUGUCCCAUAGACUGCAUCAUGUCAGAUUGGACUGAGUGGUCAGAAUGCAACAAGUCCUGUGGUAAAGGUCACACUAUCCGGACUCGCAUUGUCACCAUGGAGCCCCAGUUUGGUGGAGACUCCUGUACUGAAACAAUCCAGAGGAAGAAGUGUAAAAUUAGAAAGUGCAGUCGAGGACAAGCCAACAGUGACGAGAGGAGACGACGCAAGGAGCAGCGUGAAAAACAGAGGAGCAAACAGGGUAGAGUUGAGAGUGCCGCUGAGCAUCCAGGUUGCAGAAUGAGGCCCUGGUCCAGCUGGACAGAAUGCACCAAGCUCUGUGGUGGAGGUAUACAGGAACGACUUAUGACUGUGAAGCAGAAGUUUAAGACUACCCAGCUGUCCAGUUGCAAGGACAGAAAAGAGAUCAGGGCAUGUAAUGUCCAACCCUGCUAAGAUGUAUCAAUGGGAGGAAGGCUGAAACAGGAAGAGACGCGGUCUGAGAAGAAGAAGACAGAGCACACUGUCGCACCAUGAUCCAAUGCACUCUGUUUAGGGCUGAAACAACAACUUUCUUGACUCUGUACGUGUGAAUCCAGAGCUCAGGUCAUUUGUUAUUAAGAGAAAAUGAACUUUAUGAUCUCUCUGGAAAUUUGUUGAUUCAACUUUGUUCAAUCUGCUGUGCUUCAAAAACUAGCUCUGAUACACAUAUAUCUCUUUUGCAGCAUUACUGUAAACUUAUUGUGGUAUAUAUAUGUUGAGAAAAUGAUUAUAAAAUUACUUGUUGAUAAGAAUAAAAAAAAAAAAACUGCUUUAACUUGUGGUAUCCCAAAAUAAU